GGCGGAAGCGGCGGCGGCGGCGCUGAGGGAGCGCGGCGGGAGGAGCGGGCAGGAAUUUCCUCUUGCAAAAAUGGGUGAACCUCAGCAAGUGAGCGCCCUUCCUCCCCCUCCAAUGCAAUAUAUCAAAGAAUACACUGACGAAAACAUCCGUAAAGGGCUGGCUCCAAAGCCACCUCCUCCUGUGAAGGACAGCUACAUGAUGUUUGGGAACCAGUUCCAGUGUGAUGAUCUGAUCAUCCGGCCCCUGGAGAGCCAGGGGAUUGAACGGCUGCAUCCUAUGCAGUUCGAUCACAAGAAGGAGUUAAGGAAACUAAACAUGUCUAUUCUGGUCAACUUUCUGGACCUCUUGGACAUCUUGAUAAGGAGUCCAGGGAGUAUUAAACGAGAGGAGAAACUGGAAGACUUGAAGCUGCUUUUUGUCCACGUGCAUCACCUGAUAAAUGAGUAUCGCCCUCACCAGGCCAGGGAGACGCUGAGGGUGAUGAUGGAGGUGCAGAAACGGCAGCGCCUGGAGACGGCCGAGCGCUUCCAGAAACACCUGGAGCGAGUCGUGGAGAUGAUCCAGAACUGCCUGGCUUCCCUGCCUGAUGAUCUGCCUCAUGCAGAGGGGGGACUGAGAGUGAGCGUGGAGCCCAUGGAUACUGAUGAUGGCAGCAACUGCGUGGGGCAGAGCGAAAAGCAGAGGGAGCGCUCUGGUGGCAAGAGAGAUCAGGUUUUGGACAAAGAUGCAGCAAUGUGCAGCAUUAUUGAUGAAAUGACAUGAAGCAAACACUUGGUUUUGUUAAUGCACCACAGUGAGAGACAAAGGGGUUCUGAGGAUACACGUUGUGUUUUGUUAUUUUGUUAGUCUGUUUAGCAGACCAGGCAUGUGUUGUGCACCUUUUGGAGGUUGUGAGUGACUGGGCAGAUGAAAAUGUUUUAUUUUUUUGUGACCUGGUAGAAAUGAAAAUGUCUAGUUUCUGUUAAAUGUAUCAUGUGAGGUGGUAGGCACAGAUUAAAGUUGGAUUUUCCUGUUGU